CGGUUAUCAGCAUUUCUCUCCCCACGACCUGUCACGCUGACAGCUGAUCAUCAGGGCACUGAUGAUCAGUGUGCCCUGAUAAUCUGUGUAGCCCCAGCAGCACCACCUGUCAUCAGUGCCAGCUCUCAGUGCUCAUCCAUGCAACCUGCCAGUGCCCAUCAGUGCCAAAUUUCAGUGCCACAUCAAUGUCACAUCAAUGCCCAUCUGAGCUGCCUUUCAGUGUCACCCACCACUGCCAGUCAGUGCCACCAAGUGCUGCCAGUUAGUGGCACCUAACAGUGCCAUAUAUGAGUGCUGCCUUUCAGUGCCCAUCAGUGAUGCCUGUCAAUGCCCAUCAGUGCA